UAAUACAGAAUUCUGUUGCAUGUUCACUCGUUGACAGUCCAGGACUGGCGUGGCUCCGCCGAAGGUUCACAUUCACACCCCGCUUAUGAUUAGCGCUCCGGCCGGUAUUCUUCUCCUGGCAGAAUGGGCGGAUCUGUUUCCAGCUUGGAUGAGAACAAAUGCAAUUAUAUCAGAGGCAAGGCUGAAGCAGAGCUUAAAAAUUUCAGCCCUCAUUAUCGGCGGCAAUAUCCUGUGACCUUCUUCAAUCACAUUCGACGUGAGAUAGAACAAGACAGGGAGACUCAGCCCCAACUGCUAAACCGUAAGGAGCCAGCAGAAACUGGGAAAGUGGUUUAUGAACAAGAAGUGAUUCAAUACGUGGAAGAGUUCAAGAAAUGGAAAGACCGAUACAUUGUCAUAAGAAAUGACAACAGCAUUGAAUGCUAUGAAAACAAGGACGUCCAUCAGAAAGGAGGCGGCCCAAAAUGUAAAGUGUUUCCGACUGGCUGCAGGGUGUUGACAUCUAUGACUGACUACACGCUGCUGGUGGAUAAAUAUUUCCCUGACCUCAGUGGGCCCAAUGGGAAAGAUGGUAAUCAGAGCCUUCUUGUUAACCACACCCAGUAUCCAGUGUAUCUGUGGCACCCGUUUCGAAAGCACAGCUACUUCUGCUGUGGGAAUGAGGAGAAACAGCAGGGGUUUGCUGCUGCCCUUCAUGCGUGUAUUCGUCACCUUAACUACGAAUUUGCAAAGCAAAAUACGCUUGAAGCCCAAGUUUUUUCAGAAGCCAUUCAAUUCUUCAGACAGGAAAAAGGCCACUAUGGGUCCUGGGAAAUGAAUCAAGGCAAUGAAGUGCUGAUCCUGAGCAACCAGGUGAUGGAAGAAUUGCUGCCUUCCCUGCAGAGUGAUCUUUUGCCAAAACUGAAGGGGAAAAAGAACGAAAAGAAAAAAGUCUGGUUCAGUAUUGUGGAAGAGGCUUACAAUUUAGUACAAACCCAACUUGCCGCAGGUUUGCAGUCCUUACAUGAUGAGUGCAAAAAAUCCAGCAAGGAAAUGGAAGGGAUAAUUCGUUCAGACAUGGAUCAGAUCAUUUCUUCAAAGGAAUUCACAGCUGGAAAACUUAAAGCAACGGUGAUUGAGAAGGCUGAGCAGUGCUGCCUUGAAAACAUUCAACCCUACCUGGCUUCUAUACUGGAGGAGCUGAUGGGACUGAUCAGUUCAGGAUUCAGCGAAGUCCGCACCCUCUUUGAAAAUGAGGUCGAUGAAUUGAGCACAAAAUAUCAGGAUGCUGGCAACGCUGAGAAACUGAAAGAGUACCUAGCCCAGCUAAUGAACCUUCCUUUUGAUGCUGUGAAGAUGCAAUCAUGUUACAAUAAAGUCAGCCCUCUUCAAGACCAGCUGCAAGAUUUGAAGAGCCGCUUCAAGUUCACCAAUACCCCGUGGCUUGUUCAAACAACUCAAAACUUCAUGCAAGAGCUGAUGGACAAUGCAGUCUACACAUUUGAAAAACUGUUGUCUGACUCAUUGACGACCAAGACAUCAAAAACCAUAACCUCCAUUGAAAAGGUUAAGCAACGAGUUUUAAAGCAAUACGACCAUGACAGCAGCACACUAAGGAAGAGGCUAUUCCAGGAAGCUCUGGUGCAGAUUACAUUGCCGACACUGCAGAAAACAUUGGCACCAAGUUAUAAGCGUGAACUUCAGAAAUUUGAGCAAUACAUCUUCGCAGACUACACAAAACUCGUUCAAGUGGAGAACAUCUACGAAGAAAUUUUACUUCACACCAUUAUCAGGGAAGUGGUCAAAGUGGUGCAAGAAGCUGCCAUGUUGAAAAAACAUAAUCUGUUUGAAGACAACUUGCCUUAUACCAGCGAUAGCGAUGGUAAUCUCACGGAUAAAAAUGAAGGAAAGACACCACCAGGUUCUCAACCCAGGAGCCCAUCCAAAACAUCACCAGCAGGCUCAUGUGCUGAGGAACUGGAAGUCAGUAAAAAAGUGAUUUCACAAAAUUCUGCUCCAACAUCGGAUAUUCUGUUGAAUGAGAAACAGGAAAGUGAACAGUCAUCAGCUUCUCAUGAGAAAUCUGGUAAUGAGAUACUUCAUGCCAAUCAUAAUGGAGAGGUGAUGGCCCAACUUGAUAUAAAUGCAGUACAGGAAACCAGUACAGCCACAGGGAUUUAUCAGGAAGCUGAAAAUCCAAUUGGAUUAAAUAAUGCAAACAGUAAUGAGAAUGUAGCUGGAAAUGAACCUCAGAACAGGCAAGAAGGUGAAAAGGAGAAUGAAAAUGUAUGUUCCUCAGCUCCCGAUAGUUUAAAAGAAAUACAUGACUUGCUAACCGUAGAAAUAGUGCCAGCUGAGAAGAAUCCUGAAAAUCGGGAAGCUUUGCCAUGCAAAGCCAAUGAUGCAAGCCAUGUUGAAGUACACAAUGAAUCCAGUCCAAAAAUGGAUGAACUUUUGAAGGAUAUAAGUGAAACAAAUGGAGAAGACAACACAUCAAUAGUUGAAUCCAUGGAAGGUCAACAGGAGAAAAUUGGGAAACACGAAGAAGAAAACGUGCUGGUGCCAGCUGAGGAUCUUGUGGAAGGCCAGAAUGAGGAGGAAAAUGAACUGAAGAGCUUGACUCCAACAACUGAUGAAUUGGUGGAAGGUCAGAAUAAAGAUGAUAAGGAAUGGAAGGGCUUAUCAUCAACAGUCGAUGAUCUUGUAGAAGAUCAGUGUAAGAAAGAGAAUGAGAAUGAAAGCUUACCAUCAGCAGUUGAAGAAGUUGUGGAUGUUCAGCAUGAAGAAGAUAAUGAAUGCAAAGGUCUACCAUCAACAGUUGAUCAACUUCAGGAAAGUCAAGAUAAGGAAGAUAAUGAAUGCAAUACCAUUCCAAUGGUUAAUGAUCUUGAAUGCAAGACCUCGACAAUGGUUAAUGAUCUUGUAGAAGGUCAAGGCAAGGAGGACAAGGACUCGCAUGAAGACUUAUCAACCAUACUUAAUGAAGGAUCACAAGGACAAGGUGAGAUGAUUGCAGAACCCGAAAAAGAAGACAUGCCACAACAAAUCAAUGUCUGUUUGGAAAAUGAGCCUUCCACUGAUGGUGUUGAGUCUAAAGCAGUUUCUGGGAGUGCCCCAAUAUUGAGCAAGGAAGAAGCUCAAGAAAUUGGUUCUGUACACACAGAAGAUAUCGAAGUGCUACAUGAUGCUUCUGAAAAGGAGGAAGUAGAAAAGUCUGAAUCGGGAUGAAACUAAAGAAACUAAAGAGAUGACAAGAAUUCUCAAAUAUAGAUGAUAAUUGAUGUGGAUGCAGAGGCAAAGAAAUUAACAAUGUAACAUGAUUGUGACUGUCGUAUCGCUGCAUAAAACCAAUCCAUCGAAUCACCAGAAACUGAAAUAAUGGAACUUUAAGCCCAAUCUCCAUAAAAUCAAUUGUAAUGUGAGAUGUCCAAGAUGCCAAAAUCCCAUCUUCCAUUUGAUUUGGAUUAUUUACCUAGACUCAGUGCUUUCCUGAUUGCACCAGGCAUUCCAGAUUAUACCGAACAUUAUUGUUCAUUGCCCAUUUCUAUAUGCGUGCUUCACCUGGCUGCGCAGAGACACAGAUUGAACUACUUUGACAGAAGAAGUAAAUUCCCUUAUCAAAGUGACUCAACCACGAGUAUAUGAAUAUGAAAAAA